AUGUGGGAUCCUGGUGCAUGCAAGCUCUGGCAGUCUGGAUCUGUGCUUAUCUGGAGAGGAACCCUGAGAACAGACUCUUCCAUGUCUAAAACCAUGGCUCUUGGAUCAGUGACGUUUAGGGAUCUUGCCAUAGACUUUUGUCAGCAAGAAUGGGAAUGUCUCGACCUUACUCAGAAAACCUUGUACCGGGAUGUGAUGAUGGAGAACUAUGCUAACUUGCUCUCCCUAGGAUAUCCCAUUUCUAAGCCUGAUGUAAUCACAUUGUUGGAGGAAGGAAAAGAGCCCUGGAAGAUUGUGAAGGAAGAAACGAGAAGAUGGUGUAUUGAUUUGAAGCCAAAAUGUGAAAUAGUUAACCAUGGAAAAGUACGUAUCUAUACAAAACAUCCAUCUGUUACUCUUUAUGAAGAAAUCCUUAAUAGAGAGAAACUCUACCAAUGUGAGAAAUGUGGGAAGGGCUUUGCUCAUCAUACAGACCUUACAGAACAUCACAAAGUUCACAUUGGUGAGAAACUCUAUGAAUGUCAGCAGUGUGGAAAACUCUUCAAUCGGGCCUCCAAUCUUCUGCAGCAUCAGAGAAUUCAUACUGGUGAAAAGCCGUACAAAUGUGAAGAAUGUGGAAUGACCUUCAGUCGUAGCAUAGACCUUAGAGUGCAUCAAAGAAUUCAUACUGGUGAGAAGCCCUAUGAAUGUGAAGAGUGUGGGAAGGCCUUUAGUCGUGCCUCCUACCUGACUCAGCACCGUAGAGUUCACACUGGUGAAAAAUCCUAUGUGUGUCAUGAAUGUGGGAAGGCCUUUAGUCAACGUGGAGGACUUAAAAUACAUCAGAGAAUUCAUACUGGUGAGAAACCCUAUGAAUGUAAGGAAUGUGGGAAAACCUUCAGUCAAGCCUCUUACCUUAUGCAGCAUGACAGAAUUCAUACUGGAGAACGACCCUAUGAGUGCCAUGAGUGUGGGAUGACCUUCAGUCGGGUUAUAGAUCUUAGAGUGCAUCAUCGGAUCCAUACUGGUGAGAAACCCUACAGAUGUAAAGAGUGCGGGAAAGCCUUCAGUCGUGCUUCAAAUCUUGUUCAACAUGAGAGAAUUCAUACUGGGGAGAAGCCUUAUAAGUGUAAAGACUGUGGGAUGACCUUUACUCACGUGUACCAACUUACCCCGCAUCAGAGAACACACACAGGUGUGAAACCCUAUGAGUGUAACAAGUGUGGGAAGGCCUUCAGUCAUGCCUCUGUACUUAUUCGCCAUGAGAGAAUUCAUACUGGUGAGAAACCCUAUAAAUGUAAAGAAUGUGGGAAGGCCUUUAUUCAUGAUGGAAGUCUUAAGAUGCACCAGAGAAUUCAUACGGGUGAGAAACCCUACGAAUGUAAAGAAUGUGGAAAGGCCUUGAGUUGUAUCUCAAGCCUUGUUAAGCAUCAACGCAUCCAUACCGGUGAGAAACCCUAUGAGUGUAAGGUGUGUUGGAGGGCCUUCACUCAUGUCGAAAGCCUUAAAGUACAUCAUAGACUCCAUACAGGUGAGAAACCCUAUGAAUGUAAAGAGUGUGGGAAGACUUUCAGGAGUGGCCAUCAACUUGUCAUCCACCAUAGACUUCAUACAGGAGAGAAACCCUAUGAGUGUAAGGAGUGUGGGAAGGCCUAUAGUGUGUGUGGAAGACUUACUCGACAUCAGAGCAUUCACAGAGGUGAGAAGCCAUUUGAAUGUAAGAAAUGUGGGAAGUCUUUCAGCUAUAAAUCAAGUCAUAGCUACCUUGCCCAACAUAAUGGAAUUCAUAUUGGUGAGAAACCCUAUGAAUGUGAAGAAUGUGGGAAAUCGUUUAUCUGCUUCUCAACCUUGAUUCAGCACAAGAGAAUCCAUACUAAUGAGAGACCCUAUGAAUGUAUGGAAUGUAGGAAGACUUUCAGGCAGAGUGCAAAUUUAACCAGACAUCAAAGAGUUCACAGUGGUGAGAAACCCUAUGAGUGUAAUGAAUGUGGGAAGGCCUUUACUUGGCUUUCAAACUUGAACAAACAUCAGAGAAUUCACAAAGGUGAGAAACCCUUUGAGUGCAAAGAUUGUGAAAAGGCUUUUCUCUGUUACUCAACCUAUAUUCAACACCAGAGAACUCAUACUGAUGAGAAACCCUAUGAAUGUCAGGAGUGUAGGAAAGCCUUUAGGCAGAGAGGACACCUUACCCAACAUCAGAGAAUCCACACUGGCGAGAAGCCAUAUGAAUGCAAGGAGUGUGGGAAGGCUUUUGCUUGUGUUUCCUACGUUAAUAGACAUCAGAGAAUUCACACUGGGGAGAAACCAUACGAGUGUAAAGAAUGUAAGAAGUCCUUUAUUGAUUGCUCAACUCUUAUUCAACAUCAGAGAAUUCACACUGGGGAGAAGCCCUUUGAGUGCCAGGCAUGUAGGAAGGCCUUUAGGCAGAGGGCCCAUCUCACUCAGCAUCAAAGAAUUCAUACUGGUGAGAGACCCUAUAAGUGUAAGGAUUGUGGGAAGGCCUUUACUUCUCAACUUACUUUUCAUCAGAGAAUUCACACGGGUGAGAAACCUUAUCAGUGUACAGAGUGCGGGAAGGCCUUCAGGCAGUGUGCCCACCUCAGCCGGCACAAGAGAAUUCACGCUUCUGACAAACUCUAUGAAUGUAAGAAAUGCGGAAAGAUUUUUACAUGUAGCUCAGACCUUCGAGUACACCAGAGAGUUCAUACGGGUGAGAAACCUUAUGGAUGUAAGGAAUGUGGGAAAGCCUUCAGAGUUCGAGGACAACUUAAUCUUCAUCAGAGGAUUCACACUGGUGAGAAACCCUAUGAAUGCAAGGAAUGUGGGAAGACCUUUCGGCAGUAUGCACACCUGACCCGACAUCAGAGACUCAACACAGCUGAAAGGCGCUAUGAGUGUAAGGAAUGUGGGCAGGCUUUUCUGUGUAGUACAGGCCUUCGAGUACAUCACAAACUUCAUACUGGUGAAAAACCGUUUGACUGUAAAGAGUGCGGAAAGGCCUUUAGAGUGCGGCAGCAGCUGACUCUCCAUCAGAGAAUUCACACUGGUGAGAAGCCCUAUGAUUGUAAGGAGUGUGGGAAGACCUUCAGUCGUGGCUAUCAUCUAACUCUCCAUCAGAGAAUUCACACUGGUGAGAAACCUUACGAAUGUAAAGAGUGUCAGAAGUUCUUUCGUCGUUACUCAGAACUCAUUUCCCACCAAGGCAUUCAUAUUGGAGAGAAACCUUAUAAUUGUAAGGAGUGUGGGAAGGCAUUUAGACUAUUCUCACAACUUACUCAACAUCAGAGCAUUCAUUUUGGUGAGAAACCCUAUCAGUGUAAGGAUUGCGAGAAGACUUUUAGGUUGCUCUCACAGCUUACUCAACAUCAGAGUAUUCAUACCGGUGAAAAACCUUAUGACUGUAAAGAAUGUGGAAAGGCUUUCAGACUUCAUUCUUCGCUUACUCAGCAUCAGAGAAUUCAUUCUGGUGAGAAACCCUACAAAUGUAAGGAAUGUAAGAAGGCAUUCAGACAACAUUCACACCUUACGUAUCAUCAACGGAUUCAUAAUACCGAUCAUAGUGAAGAGAAACUCCUUGAAUGUAAAGAAUGUGGGAAGGAUUUUAGUUUUGUGUCAGUCCUUAUUCGACAUCAGCGAAUUCAUACUGGUGAGAAACCUUAUAAGUGUAAAGAAUGUGGCAAGGCUUUUGGUAGUGGUGCAAACCUUGCUUACCAUCAGCGAAUUCACACUGGUGAGAAGCCUUAUGCAUGUAAGGAGUGUGGCAAAGCCUUUGGUAGUGGCUCCAACCUUACCCAUCAUCAAAGAAUUCAUACUGGUGAGAAACCCUAUGAAUGUAAGGAUUGUGGGAAAGCCUUUAGUUUUGGAUCAGGCCUUAUUCGACAUCAGAUCAUUCACAGUGGUGAAAAGCCGUAUGAAUGUAAGGAGUGUGGGAAGUCAUUCAAUUUUGAAUCAGCCCUCACCCGGCAUCAAAGGAUUCACACAGGUGAGAAACCUUAUGAAUGCAAAGAUUGUGGGAAAGCUUUUGGCAGUGGUUCCAACCUUACUCAGCAUCGGAGGAUUCAUACUGGUGAGAAACCUUAUGUAUGUAAAUCAUGCGGCAUGGCAUUUAGUAGUGGUUCAGCUCUCACUCGGCAUCAGAGAAUUCAUACCGGAGAAAAACCAUAUAUAUGUAAUGAAUGUGGGAAGACCUUUAGUUUUGGAUCAGCCCUGACUCGUCAUCAAAGAAUUCACACUGGUGAGAAACCUUACAUGUGUAAGGAAUGUGGGAAGGCUUUUAAUAGUGGCUCAGACCUCACUCAGCAUCAGAGAAUUCACACUGGUGAGAAACCCUAUGAGUGUAAGGAGUGUGAGAAAGCCUUUAGAAGUGGUUCAAAACUCAUUCAGCACCAAAGAAUGCACACUGGGGAAAAGCCUUAUGAAUGCAAGGAAUGUGGCAAGACCUUUGGUGGUAGUUCAGAUCUUAUACAACAUCAGAGAAUUCAUACUGGAGUGAAACCCUAUGAAUGUAAGGAAUGUGGGAAGACUUUUGGUAGUGGCUCAAAACUUAUCCAACAUCAGCUAACUCAUACAGGUGAAAAACCCUAUGAAUGUAAACAAUGUGGAAAGUCUUUUAAUAGUGGCUCAGCUCUUAACAGGCACCAGAGAAUACAUACUAGUGAGAAAUCUUAUGAAUGUAAGGAAUGUGGGAAGGCUUUUCAUGGUAUCUGGAGCCUUACUCAACACCGGACAGUUCACACUGGAGAAAAGCCCUAUAAAUGUAAGGAAUGUGGGAAAGCCUUUAGACGAGCUUCACACCUAACUCAACAUCAGAGUAUUCAUACUGGGGAAAAGCCCUAUGAAUGCAAGCAAUGUGGAAAGGCCUUUAGUCGUGACUCACAGCUCAGUCUUCAUCAAAGACUUCAUACUGGUGAGAAACCCUAUGCAUGCAAAGAAUGUGGGAAGGCCUUUACUCAAAGCUCGCAACUUAUUUUACACCACAGAAUUCAUACUGGUGAAAAACCAUAUAAAUGUGAAGAAUGUGGGAAAGCCUUUAUUCGCAGUUCACAACUCACUCGACAUCAGAAAGUCCAUACUGGUGAGAAACCUUACGAAUGUAAAGAAUGUGGAAAGGCCUUUACUCAGAACUCACAACUAACUUUGCACCAGAGACUUCAUACUGGUGAGAAGCUGUAUGAAUGUAAAGAAUGUAGAAAGGUCUUCACUCAGCUCUCGCAACUUAUUCUGCAUAAGAGGAUUCAUACUGGUGAGAAACCCUAUGAAUGCAAGGAAUGUGGGAAAGCUUUUAUUUGUGGCUCACAGCUCUCUCAACAUCAGAAAAUUCAUAAUGGGGAAAAGCCAUAUGAAUGUAAGGAAUGUGGAAAGGCCUUUAUCCGGGGCUCACUCCUUAUGCAACAUCAAAGGAUUCACACUGGAGAAAAACCCUACAAAUGUGAAGAAUGUGGGAAAGCCUUUAUCCGUGGCUCACAACUUACUCAACACCAGAGAAUUCAUACCAAUGAAAAGCCAUAUGAGUGUAAGGAAUGUGGGAAGACCUUCAGUCAUGGCUCACAGCUUACUCAACAUCAGAGAAUUCACACUGGUGAGAAACCCUACAAAUGUGAAGAAUGUGGGAAAGCUUUUAACCGUGGCUCACUCCUUACUCGACAUCAAAGGAUUCAUACUGGUGAGAAACCCUAUGAGUGUAAAGAAUGUGGAAAAAACUUUAGUCGUGGGUCAGAACUUACUCAACAUGAGAGAAUUCACACUGGUGAGAAACCCUAUGAAUGUAAGGAAUGUGGGAAGUCUUUUAUUCGUGGCUCACAGCUUACUCAGCAUCAAAGAAUUCAUACUGGUGAAAAACCAUACGAGUGUAAAGAAUGUAGAAUGGCCUUUACUCAAAGUUCACACCUUUCCCAACAUCAAAGACUUCAUACUGGUGAGAAACCGUAUGUAUGCAGUGAAUGUGGAAAGGCAUUUGCUCGUGGUUUACUACUUAUACAACAUCAAAGAAUUCAUACUGGUGAGAAACCAUAUCAGUGUAAGGAAUGCGGGAAGGCCUUUAUUCGUGGUUCUCAGCUUACUCAACAUCAGCGAAUUCAUACUGGAGAAAAACCAUAUGAGUGCAAGGAAUGUGGGAAGGCCUUCAGUCAUGGCUCUCAACUUACUUUACAUCAGAGAAUCCAUACUGGUGAGAAACCCUAUGAAUGCAAAGAAUGUAGAAAGGCUUUUACCCAGAGUUCACAUCUUUCCCGACAUCAGAGGAUACAUACUGGUGAAAAACCAUACCAAUGUAAGGAGUGUGGGAAGUUUUUCUCUAGUGUGACAUUCCUUACUUUGCAUCAAAUAAUUAAUAAUGGAGGGAAACCCUAUGAAUGCAAGAAAUGUGGAAAGGCUUUUAGUCAGAGCUCACAAUUUAUUCAACACCAGAGAAUUCAUAUCGGUGAAAAAUCUUUUGAAUGUAAGGAAUGCGGGAAAUUCUUUAGUUGUGGAUCACAUGUCACUCGGCAUCUGAAAAUUCAUACUGGUGAAAAACCAUUUGAAUGUAAAGAAUGUGGGAAGGCCUUCAGUUGUAGUUCAUACCUUUCUCAGCAUCAAAGAAUUCAUACUGGUAAGAAACCCUAUGAAUGCAAGGAAUGUGGAAAGGCCUUUAGUUACUGUUCAAAUCUUAUUGAUCAUCAGCGAAUUCACACUGGAGAAAAACCCUAUGAAUGUAAAGUAUGUGGAAAAGCCUUCACCAAGAGCUCACAGCUUUUUCAACAUGUAAGAAUCCACACAGGUGAGAAACCGUAUGCGUGUAAGCAGUGUGGCAAAGCCUUUACCCAGAGCUCCAAGCUUGUCCAGCAUCAGAGAACUCACACCGGUGAGAAACCCUAUGAGUGCACGCAGUGUGGCAAAGCUUUCAGUAGUGGGUCAGCACUUACGAAUCACCAGAGGAUUCACACCGGUGAGAAACCCUAUGCGUGCAAGGAGUGUGGGAAGGCUUUUACUCAGAGCUCACAACUUCGUCAACAUCAAAGGAUUCAUGCUGGUGAGAAACCCUUUGAAUGUCUUGAAUGUGGGAAGGCUUUUACCCAGAAUUCACAACUCCUUCAACAUCAAAAAAUUCAUACAGAUGAGAAACCAUAUGAAUGUAAUGAAUGUGGAAAGGCCUUUAAUAAAUGUUCCAAUCUGACUCGACAUACAAAGAUUCACACUGCUCAGAAAAUUCACAAUGGAGAGAAACCAUAUAUAUGCAAUAUCUGCGGAAAAGCCUUUAGCCAUGUCUUCUUUCUUAGUAAACAUCAGAGAAUUCAUAAUGGAGAAAAACCUUAUGAAUGUAAGGAAUGCCACAAAGCCUUCAGACAGAGUGCACACCUUGCUCAACAUCAGAGAAUCCACACAGGGGAGAAACCGUUCGUAUGCAGUGACUGUGGAAAGGCAUUUAGUCGUUAUGCCUUCCUGGUUGAACAUCAGAGAAUUCACACAGGAGAAAAACCAUAUGAAUGUAAGCACUGUAACAAAGCCUUCAGACAAAGUGCACACCUUAAUCAACAUCAGAGAAUUCACACUGGAGAGAAACCUUAUAAGUGUAAUCAUUGUGGAAAAGCCUUCAGCAGACGCAUAGCUCUUACUCUGCAUGUAAGAAUUCAUACAGGAGAGAAACCCUUCGAAUGCAGUGAAUGUGGGAAGACUUUUGGCUAUCGCUCACACCUUAAUCAACAUCAGAGAAUUCAUACCGGAGAAAAGCCCUAUGAAUGCAUUCAGUGUGGCAAGUGUUUUAGAACUGACUCACAACUUAACCGACACCACAGAAUUCAUACUGGAGAGAGACCAUUUGAGUGCACUAAAUGUGGGGAAGCCUUCAGUGAUGCUUUAGUUCUAAUUCACCAUAAGAGAAGUCAUGCAGGAGAGAAACCCUAUGAAUGCAAUGAAUGCGGGAAGGCCUUCAGCUGUGGCUCAUACCUUAAUCAGCAUCAGAGAAUUCAUACUGGGGAGAAACCCUAUGAGUGUAAUGAAUGUGGGAAAGCUUUCCAUCAAAUCUUGUCCCUUAGGCUACACCAGAGAAUUCAUUCCGGAGAAAAACCCUAUGAAUGUAAUGAAUGUGGGGAUAAUUUUACUUACUACUCAUCCCUCACUCUUCAUCAAAGAAUUCAUACUGGAGAAAAACCUUAUAAAUGUUUAGAAUGUGGGAAAGCCUUCAGUCAGAGAUCAAAUCUUGUUCAGCAUCACAGGAUUCACACUGGAGAGAAACCCUAUGAAUGUAAGGAAUGUAGGAAAGCCUUCAGUCAGAAUGCACACCUAGUUCAACACCUGAGAGUUCAUACUGGAGAAAAACCAUACGAGUGUAAGGUAUGUAGGAAAGCCUUUAGCCAGUUUGCCUACCUAGCUCAGCAUCAGAGAGUUCACACCGGAGAGAAACCCUAUGAAUGUAUUGAAUGUGGGAAAGCAUUUAGCAAUAGAUCUUCCAUUGCUCAACACCAGCGAGUUCAUACUGGCGAGAAACCUUAUGAAUGUAAUGUCUGUGGGAAAGCAUUUAGUCUUCGCGCAUAUCUUACUGUCCAUCAGAGAAUUCAUACUGGAGAGAGACCCUAUGAAUGUAAGGAGUGUGGUAAAACCUUCAGCCAGAAUUCACACCUCGCUCAACAUCAAAGAAUUCAUACUGGAGAAAAACCUUACAAAUGUCAGGAAUGUAGGAAAGCAUUCAGCCAGAUUGCCUAUCUUGCUCAACAUCAAAGAGUUCAUACUGGCGAGAAACCUUAUGAAUGUAUAAAAUGUGGGAAGGCUUUUAGCAAUGACUCAUCCCUUACUCAACAUCAGAGAGUUCAUACCGGAGAGAAACCUUAUGAAUGCAAUGUUUGUGGAAAGGCUUUUAGUUACUGUGGAUCUCUUGCCCAACAUCAGAGAAUUCAUACUGGAGAGAGACCUUAUGAAUGUAAAGAGUGCAAGAAGACCUUCAGACAGCAUGCACAUCUAGCCCAUCAUCAGAGAAUUCACACUGGUGAGGUGCCUCCUACAGAGAAACCUCAUAUAUGCACUGAAUGUGGGAAAGCCUUCUGCUAUAAGUCUGAAUUCAUUAGGCAUCAAAGAAGUCACACAGGGGAGAAGCCUUAUGGAUGCACUGACUGUGGGAAGGCCUUUUCCCAUAAGUCAACCCUUAUUAAACACCAGAGAAUUCACACUGGGGUUAGACCCUUUGAAUGUUUUUUCUGUGGAAAAGCCUUCACCCAGAAGUCACACCGCACAGAGCAUCAGAGAACACAUACGGGAGAAAGACCCUUUGUGUGCAGUGAAUGUGGGAAAUCAUUUGGUGAGAAGUCAUACCUCAAUGUCCAUAGAAAAAUGCAUACAGGAGAAAGACCGUAUCGUUGCAAGGAAUGUGGAAAGUCCUUCAGUCAAAAGUCAUGUCUCAACAAACACUGGAGAACUCAUACAGGAGAAAAGCCCUAUGGAUGCAGUGAAUGUGGCAAAGCUUUCUACCAGAAACCAAACCUCAGCAGACAUCAGAAGAUUCAUGCAAGAAAGGAUGCCUACAGGCCUGAAAAUGUAGUAAUUGUGGGAACUCCUUGAGCAAGAUGGCUUCAACCUAUAGAAAGGUAUUUAUCCUCAGGAGAAAUCAAUGCAUUUUUUUAAAGAUUUAUUUUAUUUUUAUUGGAAAGGUGGAUAUACAGAGAGGAG